AGAACAGGGCUCUGAACAUUUUGAGAGACUCCUCAACCUCAAUAGUCGGAGUCAGGCAAAUGGUGCAGCAAGUGCAGAACCACCAGAUAAACAAUAUGCAGCGUUUUGCGUUCUAUUUGCUAUGCAGUGACAUGAACACAAAUUGAUUGGAUUUGAUUCGAUUCUUGCUACAGACAGGAAUUCAGAAGCUCCGAGGCCUGAGCUCGUCCGAUUCUUCUCUUCCUUAUCAGUCUGAUGCAAAUGUGGACCUUAGACAGAUCAGUAAAGCACACAAACCGUUAUGCUUUUUCUUAGCAGGUGAAGUCCAAAUGUCCCCAAGCGCAGCCAAAACACAGAGCAAGGGAAAAGACUGUCUUUCUGCUCAUCUGAGAGUCGUGGGAGAAGACAUGGGGAGAAAGAAAAUCCAGAUUUCUCGUAUUCUUGACCAGAGAAACAGACAGGUGACCUUCACUAAGCGUAAGUUUGGCCUGAUGAAGAAGGCGUACGAGCUGAGCGUGCUCUGUGACUGCGAAAUCGCCCUCAUCAUCUUCAACAGCACCAACCGUCUGUUCCAGUACGCCAGCACCGACAUGGACAAAGUUCUGCUGAAAUACACAGAGUACAGCGAGCCGCACGAGAGUCGCACCAACACCGACAUAUUGGAGACGCUGCGCAGGAAAGGCCACGGCCUGGAUGUUUCCGAGCUUGACAGCGAGGAGAGUGCGCAGGCGGCGGCCGACAAGUAUCCCGGCAGCGACAGCAUGGACCUGUCUGUGGCUCGCCAGCGCUUCUGUCCUCCCUCUCUGCUGUCACCAGAGACUCAGUUCCUCAUGUCCGCCGGGUGUGAGAACGGCUUCCCCAACUCUUCGGUGUCCGGCGCAGCGUCCCACCGGCCCCCCGGGUUUAAAGCUCUGAGCUCUCGUUCGGGUUCUGCGAGUCCAGCAGGACCGCACGCGGCGUUCAUGUCCCCACAUCCAGGCAUCGGCUACUCCGUGUUCUCCCACGGCAACCUGAACCGAGCUCUGGACAUGAAAAGCCCUCCCCCUCUGAGCCUGGGCAGCGAAAACCUGCGGGCAGACACUGCUAAUCAGGCCAUGGGGGCCACAAGAGUAAACCACAACUCUGCUAGGAGUCUGCUGUACCAGGGCCUGCACAGCAGCAGCUCGAUGGUGGCGAUGGGUAAAGCAGGUCUCCUGAGUCACAGUUUGGGGGGCUACGGGCUUCCCCCUGCUGGAGCCUCUGAGUACAGCCAGCCUGGUUUCUUUCACUCUGUCAGCUUACAGCGAGGACCGGUGAAUCCCUGGCAGCAUGAGUCUCAGAGUCCUCAUAUCAGCUCAGGGAUGUCCAGCGGGGGGUGCUCCUUCCCACCCCAGUCUUGCUCCUCCAACUCCUCUCAUCUUGCCUCCUUGAACCUCAGCAUCAAAUCGGAGCGAAGCUCGCCUGACCACAUGUGCUCUCCGUCCUCCCCUCGUCUGCACCACCUCCGGCAGCAUUCGCCCACGGGCAACGCCGACGUGGCGCGCCACAGCCCUCCGGAAGCCCACCCGGCCAUCAGGACGAAGGAGCUUCCCAAAGCCGGCUACCCGCAGGACGGAGAGGAGCGAGGGCAGCCUGUCAGGCAGCUGGAGAUGAGCGACGGCUGGCAGAGAUAGCCAGCUGCCACCGCCUCCCGCUCAACGGCUGCCAACAAAACCCGACGGGGUCGAGAUGUUUUCUAGAGCGUCCCCCACCGACCCCGUUGGGGACGUCUCGUCUCACAGAGCUGGGCUCUCCAGGGUGGGAAAGAAAUCCUCCCUUCAAGUCACUCGCUUGAUCCUACGAGGCGAUAGAUGCAUACAGACUUUCUUCUUUUGGUUUAGAUUUUUCUGUGCUGAAACAAAAUACAGUUUGAUUAUGUUUUUUUGUUUGUUUGUUUGUUUUGCAGCUUUGGGAAAUAGUUAAAGACUAGCUGAGUUUCCCCAGAAGUUUAAAGGUUUCUGAAAAUACAUUUGGCCUUUAAAGCAGCAUCUCUUCCGAGUCCGGGCUGAAACAAGACAUGAAGCACCCUUUAAAAAAACUGAAUAAACAUUGAAAUUUAUCUUAUUUUAGAAAGUGCAAAGUUUGAUGAAAAUCUACUUUAAAACGCUUAAGCUAAUUAUUGUAUUUUGACUGAUCGGUUUUGACUAAUUGAUCAGUCAAAAUCAGACUUCUAAAUUAUAAUUUAAAAAAAGGUUUUGAAAUGAGCAAACAAAAGGCUCGAUUGGAAACUUAAGAAUUCAGUCUGACAUAUAAACAAAUAUCUCGUUCAAGAACCAGUCUAAAAAUAUGCAGUGAAGUUAAUUUGUAUGCAAAAGCAAUCACUUUUACUUUUAUUCUGUUCUUCAAUCAUAAAUGUAAACUUGAAAAGUCUCAUUUUCCCCCUGUAGGAGCGGCUCUUGUUCACAGAUUACCUCCGCGAUGCUAGGCUAACCCACUAACAUCCAAACCGUUUUCAGACUCCAUGUGAACACGCCUGCCUCGUUUAAAGCAGAGUUCUCACAAUUGGAACCUGCUGCUUUUUCUUCUUGCUCUCAGGUUUGACACAUUUUAAGCUUUAACUCUCUUUUUAUAUAUAUAUAUAUAUAUCUCCAAAUGAGGGAGAUUUUUUUUCCUUUUUAAUGAUGCGCAAAUGCUAUCCCCAAGCUUUAUGUUAAAUCCUGCGAAACCAAAAGAAAUAUCCACGUCCCCCAUUUGCUUAGAUUUUCCUUCUUCACCUCCCUUACCGUUCUGUUCACUGUGUGUUGGCACAAAAUACAGGCCUUCCUUCUAACAAGUAGCCAAAAAAAACGGGACUCAUUAAUAAAUUAAAGUUUGCAUUUUCCAGUGUAAUAUUAGGCUACAAUAAUUAAAAAAAAACAGUGAACUUAUUGUAUUUAUCUUUAAUACCAAUGAUAAAUGUGGAUGGUGCUGAAUUGAACAUGGUCAAAUAAGGCUUUGUUACCAUGGCUGCCGUCUCUCACCUCUUCAUGAUGUACAGAUAUGGGACAAUCUGCGUGACAAAUCUUUGCUUUUCUAUUGCUCUGCUCUUUUUUAGCUGCAUCUGGUUCAUUGAUGUGUAGUAAAAAUUGCUGGUGGCCGUUCAGAAGACGUUCAGAUCAUUUCCUCUUCCUGUCCUCCAGGGGGUGGUAUUAUGUCACACUAUCGCACCUCAUAAGGCUGAGGCUGUAUGCGGUAAGCUUUCUGUCGCUGAUUGGUUAUCUUAAAAAAAAAAAAAAAAAAAAAAAGGAUGUCCAUGACCUGAUGGAGGUUCAGGUUCAUGUUUUACCUCAGUGAAAAGAGGUCGCCACAUCGAACCUCUGCGGCGGAGUUAUCUUUGUUUUUAUGUUAUGCGUUUAUAUAUCUAAAAAAAAAAAAAAAAGAGUUUUUAUUAGUAUUCUUAUUUUACUGCAGAUUCUUUUUUUUUCUAAUGUUUGUUGAGUUCCUCUCCAGCAGAACAGAGACUGAUUUUUAUUUGACAUUUGUCGUGAAUCCUUUUAAAUAAAAAACAUUU